AUGGCUGACUUGCAUCCAAUUGUUAUUCCACCAUUGGAACAUAAAUUCAAAUCCGUGACCUACACAUGCAGCGGAGAAGGAUUGCGCAAAGAUGAUUAUUCUUAUGACCCCUACGCUGAAAAGCUUCUACCUCCAAAAAGCCCUAAGCCAGGUGGUACCAAAAGUAUCGAACCGAAGUCAGCAGGAUGGUGGAAAGCUCAAUGUGCUUUUAGAGGAUUGAAUCAAUCUGGAUCUAUAGCCGAUCUGCAAUUGAGGUUGAGAGAAGCAAAGAAGAAAAUGUCUCCAGAGCUUAAGGCCGCAGAAACGCAAUUAAACAAGGACUUCAAGAAACAAAACAAAAUCGCGAGAGAUGGUAGCUGGAAAAAUCUCAAGACAGCCGAGGAGAAGGCUGAAGCCAAUCCACAGAAGUACCUGGGCGAAGCAUUUCCGAAAACCGCCACAGGACGGCCAGCAAAUCUGGAUAUUAUCAUUGUCAAAACUGAAAAUCGAGCCGCCUUAGCUGAAGCUGCAGAUAAAAUGGGAUUGGAGUCCGUGUCAGUGGAUGCCCCUUGGGUAGGCAAUGUACGACCCUCACCAGAUCGCUGGAUUGUGGUGGGAAGAAGUAGAGAUGCUGUUUGGAAUCAAAUGCGUGAUAUUGAGCGGGCAGCAGCUCGGUCCAAGGAAGAUACACCAAAGAAAAUUGGAAGACAAACCCCAAAGUCUAGCUCACCUAAGUCAGUAGUAACACCGAGAUGGUCUGAAUCUAUACCUCCAGCAGUCCGAACGAAACAGACAGCAAGAAAAUCUGCACCAAGCACAGGCACACAUGACAAUUUGUUUGCCGAAACCGAAACUUAUGCAGCACGCUCGGUUUUGCCACUGCCGCGAAAGAAACAGACGGCUAGAAAAUUUGCACCAAGCACAGGCACUCAUGACAAUUUGUUUGCAGACGGUGCUUCUCAUACUAUGCGCCCAGUUGUGCCAGAACCACGAAAGAAACAAACAGCUAGAAAGUUCGCCCCAAGUACUAGCACACACUCAAACCUGUUUGCAGAUGAUGGUGGUGAUGAACCUGAUUCUAGACAGCCAGCUGCAAAGAAGGUACGGACAUCGGUCGGCGGUAACCGAACCAUUUUAGAUUCUACAGAAUCAGAAGGCUCAUGGGAUGUUCGUGGCUCCUAUGUGAUUGAAUGCCCAGAUAUUGAGGACGAGUGGGGAGAGAAAGACUCGGAACUUACCCUUGAUAUCUAUCUCGAAAACAGAAACGGACGACAACAAAUGUUUGCCAUGUUUCAUUUCAUAGUUGUCGAGGGAAUUAUGCGCUUCGAAAGACCCAUUCCUGUACCAAGGUCCCAAAAUGAAAGCGGAAAGAGAAAACGCGAAGAUGAUUACAUGGAUGAGGAUGGAGAUGUUUUAAUGAGCGACAUUCCCCGCUAUGAUGCGAAUGAUAGCAACCCGAAUAAUUACACAGAAAGCGCAUUCUUCCUAAAGGCUAAUGACAAGCCUACAGCUCGGCGACCUACCUGGCGAUAUCGUUGGAGGGGGGAAGAGACCGGUGAAGGGGAGAUUCAACUCGGCUCUGAUAGAACGUUGGAGAGCAUAACUUUUACCAAUAAGGGCAAGGAGCUUUCUGGUACGUUCAAGUGUGAUUUUGCUGGAACAUGUAAUUUCACUGGGUUGAAGGUUAUGUCGCGUCCACACGAUUCACGGGUUGAUCCCGAGGCUCAAUGGGUAAACCGCAGCGAGGCUGCCCAUGAGUAUGCACGACAAGCAAGGUGGAGGUGA